AUGCCCCUCUCCCGCCACACCGGCCAAAUCCCGGAGUCCACCUGGACGCUGGGCUUCAGGGAGAUGACGGAGCCGUGGAAAGGCGCCGUGGGCUGCCUCGGCGUGGCCGUCUUCUUCGCCAUGACCAUCGGCAUCAUCUCGUGGCAGGCUCUGGAGCAGCCGCCGGAGGAGUGGGUGCUGCGGGGCCGGGACGCGGGGAUGCUGUGGGAGCGCGGCCGCGGGGCGCUGCUGCUGCGGGCGCUGCCGGCCGGGCGGCCCGUGCUGGCCAUCGCCGUGGGCAGCGUGCCCGCCACCGAGCCCCCGCCGCCCCGCGACCGCUGCUGGCACGACGGCCGCCAGUUCUGCUACUCCUGGGAGGAGGACGCCGAGCUCCGGCUGUCCCUGGAGCCGCCGGCAGCCCCCGGAACCGAGUGCUACAGUGUCCGCUGGACCCCGCUGCGCCCCGACGUGACCCUGAAGGACUGUUUUUCCAUGGCCAACGUCUCCUGGUAUGGAGGGCCAAGCAUCCGUGCCCAGCGCUGGCCCCUCAACGGAGCCGAGAGCCCCGCGCAGCCCUUGGUGAGCGGCGACCUCAGCACAAAUCCUGACGGCUUCGGGCCCCUCCUGGAGAGGUACUUCCUGGGAUCCACAGGAGUGACGGUGACAGUGGCUCCUGAUGUGUCCCUGCUCCUGUCUCUGGAGAGCCACCGGCAGUUCUGCCUGGAGACGCCGGCGGGGCGAGCGGAGCCCCUGCACUACCAGCUCUGUGUCAGCGCCGACGUGGCGGCCGCCCGCCGGCACACGGCCAGCGCUCCGGUGGGAGCGGCUCGGACACCGCCGGACACCGCGCUCCUGGGGUCUCCAAUCUGGCGCUACCAUGGCCCGGAGGGUUCUGCCGCCAAAAUCAAGCGAGGCCUGAGGUCACUGGUGAGGAGGCUGAAGCGGCAUCGCCUUCAGGAGGGCGUCGUGGCCCUGGGGGAGCGUGGCACCGCCGUCCUCGCCGCCACGGACCUGGUGCCCUCGGGGCGCAGGAAGAGGCAGGCCCCGGCGCUGGUGGAACCUCUGAAGCUCUCCAUCACGCUGUCCCCGUACGCUGGCGUCACCUCCCCGCUCUUCCUGCGCUCCCUGCGUGGCGGCGAGGCCGCGGGAUACUGGCUCAGCCGCCAGCCCCGACCCGGGGCCAGCUCGAUCCCGCUGCUGACCACCUGGAAGGGGCAGCUCUGUGCCCGCCUGAACGUCACCAGCGAGGCAGCGCUGGGCUGGUACCUGGCUCGUGCCCGGCACCUGCGGCAGGCACUGGGGGCCACCUACGUGGCCUUCGAGGGAGUGGAGGGCAAUUCCUUCCUGGAGCAGGAUGUCCCUGCUCCUGCUGAGCUGGAGGGUGAUGGAUACACCGAGGCGCUGGCGGCGGCGCUGGUGACACUGGGCAAUGGCACCGUCAUCAGCGCCGGGAGCAGAUCCAGUCACCUCCCGCUGUUUGUCCAGAUGAGCCCCCUGCGCUCUGACUGGAGCCACGCUGGGCUGAAGGGGCUCAUCCCCUCUGUGCUGCACUACAGCCUGCUGGGCUACAACUUCUUCAUCCCUGAUGCAGUAGGAGGGAGCGAGGCUGGAGCCACGCCAGGGGACCAGGAGCUGUUUGUGAGGUGGCUGCAGGUUGUGACAUUCCUGCCCGUGAUGGCCUUUGGGACCCCGCCCUGGCUCUGCUGUGACACCUGGGUCCUGAAUCUGACCCGCCAGUGCAUCCAGAGGCACCGGGACUUUGUCGUGCCCCUGCUCCUAAAAUACAGUGAGGAGUGGCAGAGUUUGGGAUACCCCAUCUUCCGUCCUGCCUGGUGGCUCAGCCCCACGGAUCCCGUUGCAUUCACCAUAGAGGAUGAGUUCCUCAUUGGAGAUGAGGUCCUGGUGGCUCCAAUAACAGAAAAGGGACAAACGUGGAGGGACAUCUACCUGCCAGGAGAGGGGCACCUGUGGCUCGACACCAACACUGCCCGAGUGUUUGAUGGUGGCACCACGCUCAGGAAUUACUCUGCCAGCCUGGCCGAGGUGCCAGUGUUUGUAAAGACCUCCUGA